GAGCCUGGAUCUGAUUGGCUGGUUUGGACACUCGGUGUUUUUUUAAAUCGUAGCUGACAAGCGUUCAUGAACUCUGUCAAAAUUUGUACAAAAAAAAACGUCAAUUCAUUGUGUAUUUGCCAGAAACAAUGAGGACCACCAGUGAGUUUGAUUCAUCCUCUGAUGAAGAGGAAAUUUGUGAAGAGCAUCUGACACCUUUCCAGAUCUCCUGGUUGCCCUUGUCCAUAGUGGAUUGUUCUCUGUUUCUUGGAAUAUGUCCUCUGCCAGGGUGCAAAUUCAAAGAUAUCAGAAGAAAUUUACUGAGAGAUGUUGGUGAGCUGCAUAACCAGGGGGUGCAGGAUGUGUUUGUGUUCUGUACCAGAGGAGAGCUCCAUAAGUACCGUGUGCCUAGCCUGCUGGAGACCUACAGGCAGCAGGGGCUCGUGGUGCACCACCUGCCCUUCCCUGACGGGGGCACCCCUGAUCUGCAGCAGUGCUGCCAGAUACUGGAUGGACUGCAAGCCAACCUACACAACAACCGGAAGACUGUCAUCCAUUGUUAUGGAGGUCUGGGUCGCUCUGGACUAAUUGCUGCCUGUCUGCUGCUUCAACUGUCCGUCUCCAUGACUCCCAACAAAGCCAUCGAGAUCCUAAGAGAGCACAGAGGGGGUGGGGCCAUUCAGACAGUCAAGCAAUACAACUUCCUGCAUGAGUUCCGGGAAAAAUACUCUGCCUACCAAGAAACCAAAGCAGUCUCAACAGAGCGAUCGGUGUCGCGGUGAUACCAUUACCCUUCAACUGAACUCUGUCCUUUUUAAAUUAAUUGGGAGUAAUAAAAGCAUUGAAUAUUAACCGCUCUCGAGAAGAGAUGGUUUGACAUGAUUGUAUGUGUUCUCUUAUAGCACUUUUUAAAGCCCUAUUCUUAAACUAAACGUUUUAGAGAUUAUCGUGUUGCUGUGCUCUGAUAUCUGCUUUACAUUAUGAUUAACUUUGAAAGAACUAUUUGAAUCCCAAUACAGUGGCUUCUAUUACGUGGGACUGUUGUGAGGCGUGAGCUCCAUGUUUGUACAGCAUAAUGGUAGAUCAGCUCUGUCCAUUGAGCCAGGAAAUUAAACCAAUCUGGUGCACAUCAGUGUAAUGAGGGUAGGUUUAUUUGGAGUCAAUCACUAGUUGUGAUUUUGGGUCUAGAUUCAAUCUGUACUGUGGAAAAUCCGCUUUAAAGACUAUUCCCCCCCCCGAUUCUAUGCAGCACUUACCAUGAAUGUGUUCUCAGAACAUUGCCUUGAAAAUAUUUUAAUAUUUUCCUUUGUGAAAUGAGCUACUCUAGUAUGAACAUGAGGAAAGUGACACAUCAAUUUACUUCCUGAUGACUUUACAGGUUGGAUAAGUCAAUUACAGAAGACAAUGGGAUAAAUAUUCUUUAUCUUUUUAGAAAGUAGUCAAAUUCCUGCAAAUCAAAUCAAAUCAAGACAACCUGAUUAGAAAUCCUGAAAUUGUCACAAUGUAAUAGGAGUGUGAAACUUGGCAAAAGACAUAAAUAAAAAUGGAUAUUUUUUUGGUAGCCAAAAUUGAAAUACAUUUUUAAACCAAUUCAAUAAAGUCAAAUCUAAACAGGUACAUGAUGGAAUUGGUUGUUUCUGAGUACAUAGCAGGUUCAAUGGUUACGUUUUUAUGAUCACACAUUUCAGAAAUGUCUACUCGGGAUUGCUGUAGCGUCACAUCAAAAUAGCCUAUUAGCAUCUACAAACAAAAACGCCCCUUAAAAGCAAGUAUGUAUAACAAGGGGCCACAAAAGUAGAAUGAUAAGUUUUCAGAAAGCAUAGUAAACCUAAACUAAAUGUGUUUGAUAUAAGACAACCAUACUGAUUGUCCCUGUCUGUGCAACACAUUUUCCAUCAGGUGAUCAAGAUUAGACUCAUUCACCUAUUUAGGUGAGUUCUAGUUUUCAAAUGUCUCUGGGCAAGAAAAGUAUUUAAUAUUCUACAAUUGAAUAAGCAUGUAAUUAUGACAACCCCAACACAAAAUAAAUUUUCACAAGCUUGGCAUAUAAUUCACAUCCUUAAUACAGUAUUUAUUAGAUAAUAAGCAACACAGCUCUGAAUAACUGAUGGUGUUGAUCACAACAGAAUCUCUUCUAAUUUGUAAACAGUCAAAAGUAGGGGGGGGGGGGGUCAAAAAAACUAUUUGAAAUCAAUUUUAAAGCAUCAGAUAACCACCUAAUGGGGGGGAAAAGGGUCCAAAUGUCUGUCGUUG